AUGGCGUCCAGUAGCCGGGCCUUCGGCUUCUGGCUGGGCCGCCCAGCCUCCCCCCCCACUAAAGCCUUGUUUGCUCAGCUCGGCCCCUCCUCUUUUGGAGGGAGCAAACACAGUUGGUGUGCCCCCCCUCCCCACCAGCCCCCAGCCCCCCCAGACUCUUACUCAUCCCUGGGGACGGUUUUCCAUCAGCUCAAUAUACAGGGGCUGGGCGCCGACGGCCCCGACCUGCCGCCCGGGCUGGGCUCGGCCGUCCAGGCGGCCCUGGAGCGGAGCCUGCCCGAGCUGCACCAGGCCGUCUCGGCCGCCAAGCAAGCGGCCGGCCCGGGCGACCUGCAGGCGCGGCUGGGCGCCCUCCUGGCGCUGGUGGGGGAGGCCUGGCGGCUGCCGGCCGUGGGGCGCGAGGUGGCCAAGGGGCUGUGCGACGCGCUGCGCCUGGAGGGCGGCCUCGACCUGCUGCUCGACCUGCUGCGCAGCGCCGAGCCCGAGAGCCGGAGCCGCGCGGCCCAGCUGCUGGAGCAGGUGCUGGUGGCCGAGAACCGGAACCGCGUGGCCCGGAUCGGCCUGGGGGUGGUCCUGAGCCUGGCCAAGGAGCGGGAGAGUCUCCCUCUGGCCCGCAGCACCUCGGGCAUCCUGGAGCACAUGUUCAAGCACUCGGAGGAGACCUCCCUGCAGCUGAUCGCCCACGGAGGCCUGGACGCCGUCCUCUUCUGGUGCCGCUGGAGCGACCCGGUGGUGCUGCGCCACUGCGCCGCGGCCCUGGCCAACUGCGCCAUGUACGGCGGGCAGGCCAACCAGCGGCGGAUGGUGGAGAAGAAGGCGUCCGAGUGGCUCUUCCCGCUGGCCUUCUCCAAGGAGGACGAGAUGGUCCAGUUCCAGGCCUGCCUGGCCAUCGCCGUGCUGGCCACCAACAAGGAGAUCGAGAAGGAGGUGGAGAACUCGGGCACGCUGGCCCUGGUGGAGCCCUUCGUGGCCACCCUUGACCCGGUCCGCUUCGCCCACAGCUGGCUGGGCAGCAGCGACAACAGCCAGGGCCGGACGGCCGACGACCUGCAGUGCCUGGUGCCUCUGCUGGACAGUUCCCGCCUGGAGGCCCAGUGCAUCGCCGCCUUCUACCUCUGCGUGGAGGCCGCCAUUAAAGCCCAGCAGAAGAAGACCAAGAUCUUUGCGGAGAUCGGGGCCAUCCAGAGCCUGAAGAGGGUCGUCUGCUACUCAGCCAACGGUACCACCUCCAUGCUGGCCAAGAGGGCGCUGAGCACCAUGGGCGAGGAAGUGCCGCGGCGGCUCCUGCCCACGGUGCCCAACUGGAAGACCCCCGAAGUGCAGAAGUGGCUGCAGCAGAUCGGCUUCGUCAAGUAUUUCAACCCCCAUAUAAUCCUCCUGAAGGUCCACCUCCAGCUGCAUGGAUUCAGCGUCUUCCUCGACGUGGAAAAGUUGGAGGCCGGGAAAUUUGAGGACAAGCUGACCCAGAGUGUGAUGAGUGCCCGGAAUUUCGUGCUGGUCCUCUCGGUCCAGGCCUUGGACCGCUGCAAGGGGGACGUGGCCAGCAGAGACUGGGUGCACAAGGAAAUAGCCACCGCCCUGAGCUGCAGGAAAAACGUCAUCCCGGUGACCGACCACUUUGAGUGGCCCGAUCCAGAAGAGCUUCCCGAGGACAUGAGGCUCUGA